GGCUCAAGCGACCAAAACACUCUGGUCAGCAGACACGCUUCGCUGCUGGCUGAAAUCUAACCCAGACAAGAAGAAGUGUCAUUCAGAUGGUCUGAGCUGUGCAGAGUCAACGUUCUUGAGUAUAACUUCAGAUAGUGAACUGAGCCUUCAACACCACCCAACUAAACAUCAACAUCUACAGCAACAACUACAGCAGCAGCAGCAGCAGCAGCAGCAGUAACAGGUGACAUGGGAGUGUCUAUUCGAGAUGUGGGCAUUGGAAUCGCCCUCGCCGCAGUGCUGUUCCAGGGGUACAUGUACUACACAGAGCUACAGCGCAAAGCCAUGUUACACCGCGUGGCCAAGAGAGACGUGCCAGACAAAGCUAAGUUGAAGGAACAUACGAAGGUGUUCAAGACCAAAGAAGUCGUUAAGGUAACACCCAGAAUUCACGUCGCUAUCGGCUUCGCACUUGCCAACUCGAUGAUGAUCGAAGGCGAGGAUGGAGUGGUCAUCGUUGACGUCACGGAGAGUGUGCACGCCGGAAGGGAGGUCUUGGCCGAAUUCCAGAAGAUCACUAAGAAACCCGUGAAGGGUAUCGUCUACACCCACAACCAUGCCGAUCACGUGUAUGGUGCAAAGGCUUUCAUCGAGGACCCACGCAAACCUCCUGAAAUCUGGGCCCACCACGAGUUGCUGACUCACUUACAGAGACAGUUCUACACCAACAAGAUGCUCCUGACCCGUGCCGCCAGGAUGUUUGGCAUCUUGGUUCCAGACUUAAUUAACGCUGGAAUAGGACCGUCGCUCCGCCUGGACCUCGGAUCAGUGGACAUGGGGAUUGUCUACCCUACCAAGCUGAUGACCGGGGUAGAGAAGGACAUUCGCAUUGCUGGUGUGAACAUGAAACUGGUGCACAUCCCGGGUGAGACUGAGGACCAGAUUGGAGUCUGGGUGCCGGGAGAGAAAACAUUGCUGUGUGCUGAUGACGUGUAUCAGGCGUUCCCAAACUUGUACUCAAUCCGGGGCACCCCGACCAGGGAUUUGCUACACUGGUCAUCCUCUCUGGAUCGCAUGGUUAGUCUGAAGCCAGAGUUCUUGGUUCCCAGCCACACCCGGCCGAUUGUGGGUCAGGAGGUCAUCCGUGAGUUGUUGACAGGAUACAGAGACGCUAUACAGUACGUCCACGACCAGACUCUGCGCUACAUGAACAAGGGUCUUAUGCCGGAUGAGGUCGCAGCCGUGGUCCACCUCCCCGAACACCUUGCCACACACCCGUACUUGUUUGAGUUUUAUGGUACGGUGGAAUGGUCUGUCAAGGGCGUAUUCAAUGCUUACAUGGGCUGGUUCAGUGGUGAUCCUGUAGAACUGUCGCCCCUCACGCCGAAUGAGAUGGCCGAAAGGAUGGUCCACUUCGGCGGAGGGAUCGACAAGGUCACAACACAAGCAGAGGAAGCUUUGGCCAGAGAGGAAUAUCAGUGGGCUCUGGUGAUCAGCUCCUACGUCAUCCGUGUGGAUAACAGUAAUGCCCGGGCUAAAGAGGUCAAGGUCAAAAGUUUGAUGGCGAUGGGAGACAGACAGACGAGUCCUAAUGGAAGAAACUACUACUUCACAACUGCCAUGGAGGAGAUGGGGGAGGUGAAAUUUGCCGCUAAUAAAGACAGACGCGCUGGUUACAUCAGACAGUUGCCCCUUUUGAACCUCUUCAAAAGUCUACAGGUGAGAUGGAACGCUGAAGAGUGCGGAGUGGUCAACUCCACCAUUCACUUCGAGUUCACGGAUGUGAAAGAAAGUAUCACCAUGACAACUCGUAACGCCGUGGUCCUAAUCUCAGACCGACCUCCCACUGACAAGGUGGACAUCAAGGUGACAGUGACCAGUCAGGUGUGGCGGGAGGCAGCGAUCAACUCUUUCUCCGGCCUGUCCAGUCUUGCGACAGGGGACAUGAAAAUAGACGGAGGUCUGGCUGAGUUCACCAAGGUCAUGGGCUGUUUUGACAAAGACUGAGGUGUACACAGCAACUCUGUGAUUUGCCCUAACGAUUGCAGUUGUAUUUGUGAGUGUGCGUGAGUGUGUGUAUCUUCGUGAGUGUGUGUAUCUUCGUGUGUGUGUGUGUGUGU